AUGCCCAGGAAGAGGGCGAGGAAAACUCGCUCGGUUUCCCAACGGCAGCAGCACCCUGCCGCAGAGGAUCUCCAGAACCCUACCAAGAUGCUAGAGCCCGACGAACCCCAACAUCAGUCUCCGCCUCGGUCCCCAUCAACAUCCCAAUGCUUGGAUCAGCAUCCUGCGGAGCCACAUCAGGAACCGGAAGAAGUAGCAGAGGGUCCCCCACCAGAAAUGCAGACGGAGCUAGAGGAGCAGCCGCCGCAAGAUGGAGAAGACGAGGAAUCAGGGGCUGCCCUCUCGUCUCCCCUACUGCCUGCGGCGGCGCGCGAGACCCGGCCGGCGAACCCCUUCACCAGGAAAAACCAAGGGAAGAAGGCGAAACCCUUGUCGGACAAACAGCGAGCCGCCAUCCAGGAGAGGCUCGACCUCCUCGAGAAGAACCUGCGCCCCAUGCCGUUCACCCCCGCGAAGGCCAUAGACUUUGGCAGGCACGAACGGCUUUUCAGAGCCCUCGGCCUCUGGGACUUCGCCCAUGUCGACCUAACCGGCCCCGUCCGCACGGAUCUCCUCACGCAGCUCAUCGCCAACUACGACCAUCCAGCGAGGCGCAGCUGGGUCAAUGGGGAACGGAUCGCAGUGAGCCGUCCCUGCCUCGCUCGCGCGUUGGGCCUCCAGUGGAAAAAGGACAAGGCCGGCACUUCCGAGAACAAGGAUGCGGAUCACGAGUUUCUCUCGGGAGAGGAAUCCAUCGCGGUUGUCAUGGACUUCAUGUCGAAUUGGGUGCUGCUCCAUGAGGAAGAUGCCUGCAUUCUGCCAGGAGAGGUGAUGGCUGCAACUCAGCUCGUAAAGGAGGGGCAGGCGCAGAAGGUAGAAUGGAGCGCUCUUAUAUGGACGAUGGUGGAGAAGGAGCUGGCAGAGGCGCCUGUCUCUGGCUUUUGCUAUUAUGCUUCCCAUCUUCAGUGUUUGAUGAGGCACCAGAAGCCAGGAAUAUUUGAAGGAGAAGAACAAGAUGCAAUGGAAGCUCCGUUGGCCGAAGAAGAAGAUACUAAUGAUGAUGCAGUGAUGAACCCCGGCCCUGUCCAUGAUUCUCCACCGGUUGAUACUCUAACACAAGGUACCAAUUUGUGCUUAGCACUCGGUGGAGACGAGGGCUUCUUGAAGGAUGAGAAUGGAGAGUGUCAGGCGACUGACGAGGACCAGUGGCUCCCUGGAACGAAGAGCAUUGAGGGUGAGCAUUGCCUGCAGCGCUGCAACCUCAAUGAUGUACAGAGUGUGGGCUGUGAAGACAUGAACAGACAGGAAGUUGGAAUGGGAGAUGAGGAGCACUAUGUUGACGAUAUUUCUACAAAAUUCUCCAACUUGGAGAGGAUGACAUCAACUGAUCUCCUGCAGGCGAUGGAUACUGUAAAUGCUCCUUACACUAUGCCUCUGCAACCAAUGGAACCCUCAUCAAUUGAGUUACUGGUGUCCAGGCCUGAUCCGCUCAAGAGUGCGGAGCUAGACAGCUGUAUGGCCGGUCCGUCCUUGUUCAAGACCAUGAGCAAACGGGAGAUUGAUGAGAUUGACGACGAGGAUGAAGGCAAUGACAUUUCUCAUUUCCCUCAUCAUGGGAAUCACCCAAAGAAGAUGCGAACUGAUGGGCCGUGGGAUCCGAUGUCAUUAACAAUUGACAAGUGCAUGGAUGAGGCACAGAGCUGGAUGGAAAAGGCCAAGAUACUCUUUUCUCAGAGGGAACAUGAGGUUACGUCUGCUCAAAUGCAAAUUCAGUACAUGAAUAGUCUCCUGCAGCAGAAGGACCACCAUAUCCAGUUGUUGGAGAAGACCAGAUUAGAAGAUCAACAGAGGAGACAGAUGGAGAUUUGCCGUUUUGAGCAUGAGCUGGGGGUUAUGGCCCGAAUUGUUCAAGGCUACAGGAAAGCUCUGAUGGAAACCCGCCAUGCUUUCUCUGAGUAUCGAAAGCAGUUCCCACAGGGGGAUGAACAACUCUACAAGGACGAUGAUGAGGGUGAAGGCGAUGUUAUUACCACAGAGGAGCUGGAGAGGAAACGUCUCCUGAAAGAGGAGGCGAGAUCCCAUGCAGUGCAAAUGGUUGACAGCUUCAAUAGUACGUGGCUGGAAAAGUUUUAUGGCUAUCAAGACCGAGUCGAUCAGCUUGAAAAGAGGCUGUUGGAUCUUGCUAGAGAGAGCCACCUAAUCAGGCAAAGGCUUGCAGAAGGUGAUGAGACAGUGGAGAAAAGCCAGGUGGUGUCUACUUCUCCAACUAGGAUCUGA